AUGAUUGAAAAUUAACAAGAUGACCAAAUUAGCCCCAUAGAUUAUGGAAAGUAUCAUGCAGAACCUUAAAAGGAUCAUCAAGAGUUGAAAUACAUGGCUACAAAAAUUAGUGAACCAAGAGGGAGUGUUCAGUAUCCUUAACAUGUAUAAGUGGCUAUUGAGGAUGAUACUAGUUCUUAAAAUGAAUCUCGAUGGUAUGCUAAGAAUGAUACAUACAAAUAACUUAUUGGGAAUGAGAGAACUGGAUUCAUAAAAAAAGUAUUGUAUUUUAAAUAAGAAGGUCUAUUCAAUUAUGAUUAUUUAAUUAUUUCUAACCAUGAUCAUGUGUUUAAUCUCUUAUUUGUCACUUGAUUAUAGGAGGUUCUAAUUAUAGCAUAAUGGAUUUGCUUAUUUGGCUUUAGGAAUAUCAAUAUUUGUAGAAUUACUACUCUUUUGCAUUCCCAAAUUUGCUUGGAGAGUGCCAUACAACUACAUUUUACUUUUUAUUUUUACAUUCUGUGAAGGUUAUUUAAUAUCAAAUCUUUGCAGUUAUGUAUUUGAUAGAUAUAGUGAAAAUGGAGGUAAUUUUAAGUAUUCUAUGUAGGAUUUAUUGUUCUGAUGGCUGCUGGUUUAUCAUUGGCUGCUGUAAUAGGUUUAACAAUAUACGCUUGCAAAACUAAGUCAGAUUUUACUACUAAAGGAGCUCUAUUAUUUAUGUGUAUAACAUCUUUAUUACUUUUUGGAAUUAUGGCUGGUAUUUACUAUUAAAAUGUUAUUAAUCUUCUCUAUUCGUUACUUUGUUGUCUUCUAUUUGGUGCUUACUUAAUAUAUGAUACUUAAUUAAUAUUGGGGGGAAGUGUAAUAUAUUUAUAAACUAUAUGUAUUAGACUCACAAAUUGUCCAUUGAUGAUUAUAUCAUAGGAUCAAUGAUAAUUUAUAUAGAUAUAGUGUAUCUAUUUGCACAUAUCUUAAUGGUAUUAAUUGCAUGUCUUAGAUGA